UGCGCGCGAAAAAUUGCGUAGCAGGGGCGUCGCGACGCGCGUGUGCGCCGCGGCGCAGGCUCCACCGCUCUUUAGCCCUCGUGAUCCCUUUGUGUUAUUUUCGGACGAAUUGCCGUUCAAAGCUUUAAAUAGGACCGACUUUCCGCCGAAGAAGGCAGUUCAUAACAUUAAUUCUUCAUGCUGGAACAUCGCACUAUCUUUGAUAUCUUUUGGUUUUUACGUGAAUAAGCGGUUGAUAGGAAUAUAUAAGUAUAUCAAAAUGCCGGCGGAGUGCAUAGCCAACCCUUUGCAGCGCGAAUUAGCCGACUCUAUAAUUCGCAUGCAAACACUAGACGAGAUUCGAAUCCUCCUCGCGUGUGGUGCAAAGCCAAACGAGCCCGUAACCCAGGGUCUUCGACCUUUGCACUACGCUGUUUGGCAGAGGUACGAGGAAGCCGCACAACUCUUACUCGUACGCGGUGCCGACAUCGACGCCAUAGACGAGUGCGGAUACUCGGCCCUCCACCUAGCAGCCGAACAUGGCUACCUCGAUUUGGUCAAGCUCCUUCUGAAACACGGGGCAAAAGUCGAUCACCGCCUCGACACCGGCGAACUUUUUCCAAGGACGAUGCUAUGCGACGAACCUCUCAGACUCGCCCUGAGGAACAGGCACAUCGAGGUGGCCAGGGUUCUACUCGAACACGGCGCUAAUCCCAACAAGCGAUACUUCUUCGGUUCCGAGAUCAAUCUCGUGUCGCCGAUCGACCUCGAGUGUCUGGAGCUCCUCCUGACGUUCGGAGCUCUUGCGAACACCAGGGAUCGAGCUGGACUUACGCCGUUGAUGAAAGCCGCCCGAUUGCCGCAGGGAGUGACGUCGGUGUUACUUUUGCUGAGCUACGGGGCCAACGUGAACGAUUACGCCGACGCUAGACACGAUUAUCGGACAGUUUUACAUUACGCCAUUCUUGGAGGUGAUCCAGAUGUGAUAAAUCUGCUAUUGAAGCAAGGCGCUCGUCUAGACCUGGGACCGGAUUAUCAGAAGCCGUCAGCCUUGGACCUCGCCAUACUUAAGGGAGACCCGAGUAUUGUUGGGAUGCUCUUAGAUGCGGGAGCAAACGUGAACGCAUCGUCGCCGAUCAUAGGGUCUCCCCUGCACGUCGCCUGCGCCGACAAUAUCCCAAAUCGUUUGGAAAUUCUUUGCAUGCUGCUGGAACGUGGCGCAGAUCCUAAUCUGGUGAUCCGUAGCGACGAGGGUCCGGCGCUUCGCCCCGUUCUCGCCGAGUACGUCGCGUCUAAUGAAAAUCCAUCGGUGGAGGUGGUCGCUCUGCUUCUGAAAUACGGUGCCAGAGUCGUGAUAAAGACUCAGUACCGCGAUCCUCACGGCAUAUUAAAUUCCCUGCAAAAUACCGCCGACAAACCGCUCCUUCUUCGCGCACUAUUGGAAGCUGCGGAGAGCUUCGAUCCUUGCAUGAUUCGCAGAUCUAGCAGCCUCACGGACGCCCAGAGAGCCCUGGUCAUGGAAGCUGCCCAAACGCCGCUCCCGCUGACGCAUCAGGCUCGUUUAAUCGUCCGGAAAUUGUGCGGCCCAGGACUUCCGAAAAUAGUCCGCCGACUCCAACUUCCACAGUCACUUCAUCGUUAUCUACUUUACGAUUUUUGCCGAGGGCUUAAAAUUUAAUUGUCGACUGUCACGAAGUAUAGGCAUACGAAACGAGGGAACGUCGAACCCGUACCUGAGAAAACACCAAGAAUUUAUAAAUUACAUUCUCGUUAUAGUUUUUUCUCGGCAGUCGGUCGAAAUUUUAAUACUAUAAACUUUCAUCCGGACCUUUUUGCUUAAGCUUCGCGUGUCACGAGGACACUACCUGUAAGCCAAGAUGCCCCUCGCAUGGUCCCACUGAGGAUGAAAAAAGGCUGUGUUAGACUGUCAAUUUUGAUUAUUUUUACUAUUUCCGAGAUCGUAUAUGAUUGAACGAAAGAUAGAAAAAAAAGAAGAAUUUAUCCUUGCAUGCAUAAUAUAUUUGCUCGUAUUUUUUAGCGGCCAUGUUUGAUAGUUGCAUUCGUUGAUGGGUAACAUGCUCUUACACGAUAUAGGUGCGACAAAUUAUUGCAUCCGCUUAACGACCUGUAAUUCGACGUAAUCAGUCAGUAUGCGGGUAAUUUACCAAUCACGGUGUUAUAACGAAUCUAUUUAAUUUUUUACCUUUUUACCUGUACAUAAACCGCAAACAAUUAGUUUAAUAAAUAUCAAUUUUAAAUUAA